AUGGCCUGCUCCUGUGGAGUUGGGCUACGGUCAAGAUAUAGAUGGCGAGAUGUUUGUCGACUGGUGGUGCCUGAUGCGGAGGAGUAUGUAGAAGGGAGAGUUGAGGUAAUGAGGGCCCGUUUGCGAAAGGCAGAAGAAGGAUGGUUGCCGCCUGCUUUGGGGUGCCUUGGGGUCAGACACGGGGACGGGAAUGGGCGGUCACUGACUGGAAGUGUCUGGGUGGCUCAGGCGGCUGGUUGA